AUGAGUGAAGAGGAAGCCGAGUUAAAAUUAAUGCCAAAUAUAGGGGAAACAAUUGCCAAGAAAUUAAACGAAGUUGGCGUGAAGACAAGUACUGAUUUGAAAAAGCUUGGCAGUAAAAAAGCUUUCGAAUUAAUUCGCAACAAGACUGUAAUGUGA